AUGAGCGAGUUAGACACUUUUAUCGACUAUUAUAAGGUAUUGCAAUGUGAAAGAAAUUCUACUGACGAUGUACUGAAGAAAAGUUAUCAACGUCUCGCUCUAAUAUACCAUCCUGAUAAAAUAGAAGGCUAUGACCACGAUGAAAACUUUCAUCGAAUUCAACGCGCUUGGUCAGUUUUACGCGAUCCUCAGAAACGAAGACAAUAUGACGCUAUGCUUAGUUGUUAUGAAAGCAGUGACUUUUUACUAUACAAUACAGUUACGUUGGCAGAGAUGAACUUUGAUUCUACUGAUGGUGUUUAUACAUAUGUGUGCAGGUGUAGUGGAGUGUAUUGCUUAGCGGCUAGUGAACUUAUCUCACCAAAAGUGAUAAUAAAUUGCAACGAAUGUUCAUUUUCGAUACUUGUCAAUAUACCUGAAGACAAAUUCAGAUGA